GUGAGGUUACAUACAAUGCACGGCGCACUACAAAUAGCAAGGCACGACGCCUAGGAGGGACGCUUCAAGCAUCCCGCAAGUCUAAGCGUCGUGUAAAUCCGUGUUGACUUUUCCUGGUUUUCAGCGAAUGCUGUUGCGAAUGUGAAAACGACGAAGACAGCGUGUUUCGUAGCAUACUAUUUUGUGGCGAGUGUGUGGAAUCAAGCGAAGCCGCUCUUACGUGGACGCGUAACGAACCAUGCACAAAUGCCUCAUUUGGCUCUGCCUGAUUUGUACAGCAGCAGGAUUCGCAAAGAUCAAUCAACGCAUCCUGGCACGUGCGUACCGCCGCGACGUUUGGCUAGCCAACAACCUGCUGGAUCUUAUCGUGGAACGGCUAGGUCACGAUCCCUCGGUGGCCUCUACGCUGGACCCGCUCACUUUGGAAGAGGUGCUUCUGGACAGGGGACGCAUUUUCAACGUCACAGUGGAAGGUUUGAGCCGACUGCGACGCACCGCGGACACUAUCUUGCGAGUCCUCGACUCCUCGACAGUGGCCAUCGACGGGCAGCUGGGUUUCGGCAACAUCACCAUCCGCAGCCUUUACAACUUCCGUCCGGUCACCGUGCUCGAACUUGAGGGUCACAUGGACGUACUACUAGUCGGCCUCACCGUUGGUCUUCAGAUCCGCGUCAAAGACGAAGUACCCGUCCUUACCCAGUUCAAGGUGAUUGACUUUGGAGUAGCAGAUGUUACCAGGUUUACGGGAGCCACGAUCGCCCUGAAUUGGUUAGGACGGAUACUCACUACAGAACUACUACGCCAGUACAAGGAGUACAUCAUCAUCACCAUUGAAAGCAAGGCCAAGUCAUUCAUCGACUCAGUUAUUGAUAACAUUAAGCUCCCAUUCCGAAGCAAGUUCCUAGAACUCAAGAAUCAUGCCCGGAAGGUGCAUCGAGAGCGGAGAGUUGUUGUAAGGGUCGAAUAAAUCGAUCUCAAGAUAG